UCUCAGUUCGUUGUGUUUAUAAACCCUCGCAAUCGAGUUUAAUACUUUAUCACCUCGUUGAUCGAGUUGUCUAUUUCUUAAUAUCUUCGUGGAACCUUUAUCCCAUUUACGCACAUAUUACUUCACAAUGCGCUUCAACAUUUUCUCGGUAAUUAUCUUUGCAGUCUCCUGCGUUGCUCUCACGAUCUCGGCUCCGAAGAGCGGAGACGAGGUUGAUCUCAGCAAGUCCUACGAGAUCAAGUGGAGGUCCGUCCAGUCCGACCCGUCCAAGUUCUCUAUCAACCUCGUCAACAUGAACGGCUCCAGCGCCAACAAGGAGAUUGCCAAAGACAUCGACGCAUCUCAAGGCUCGGUUAAAGUCGACAAGGUCUGGGGUAUUCCCAAAGGCACCGGUUACCAGCUCAACUUCAUCUCCAACGACAAGAUGAACACCGGCAUUCUCGCCCAGUCGCAGCAAUUUGAGGUUACUAAAGUCGCUGAUCGCCCCAAAAACACCACGACUACUACCUCCAGCAGCUCGAGUCCCACUGAAUCUACCGCCGAGCCCACCAACUCCACCGCCGGCGCCUCCUCGCUUGCGAUUCCGGCCACCUUCGGCUCUCUCAUGGUGAGUCUCUUUGCUCUGGUUCUCUAAGUUGGUCAUCGGAUCAUGCAGAGUGCUGGGGGCGAGAGAGAGAGAGAGAGAAUUGCCCAACGCCGACCCCAUGUCGAUAUGCUUCCUAAAAGAAAAAGCAACUAUCGAUCCAUCCAUCCAUCCCGAUCAUUACUUUUUCAAUCCUUCAUUUCAUGGUGAGAUUAUUUACUUCAUUUUGGACUAUAUAAUGCAUUAGUUCGUUGUUUUGUGAUGAGGAACAAGCCCGAUGUAUUUACGCGCUAUCUUAAUGAAUAUUUGCCCCAUUUCUUGAUUAUUG